AUGGAGACACUUAACCAUGUGGGCAUUUUUUGUCUCUCUCCUCUGCCUCCCCCUCCCUCUUUACCUUCACCCUUUUCUACAGCGCAAAUAGAAGUGAUCCCCUGUAAAAUAUGUGGGGACAAAUCUUCAGGGAUUCACUAUGGUGUCAUCACCUGCGAAGGAUGUAAGGGAUUCUUCCGCAGAAGCCAACAGAAUAACGCCACCUACUCUUGCUCGCGCCAAAGGAACUGCCUCAUCGACAGAACCAACCGCAACCGCUGCCAGCACUGCCGCUUGCAAAAAUGCCUGGCCUUGGGGAUGUCCCGUGAUGCUGUGAAGUUCGGCCGCAUGUCCAAGAAGCAACGGGACAGCCUUUAUGCCGAGGUGCAGAAGCACCAGCAGAGCCAAGAGCAGAGCGGCGAAGCCAAGGAGGAGCCGGAGACGUUGUCGCGGGUCUACACCACCAGCGUGAGCAGUGGCCUCUCCGACCUGGACGACAUCUCCAUGCUCUCCGACAGCUUCCUUUUCGAUUUCCCCUUGACCCCCGACGGGAACAGCAAUUACUACAACCUGGACCUCUUGACCUCCGCCCAGCCGUCGCCCGACCAGUCCAGCAUCGACCUCAGCGAUGCCAAGUUCAUCAAGCAGGAAUCCAUUUAUGAGCUGAUGCUGGACCCCGGUCUCUACACCCACAGUCCCCUCGAGAGCAGCCAGCUGGUCUCGGACAUUUCGGUGAUGGAGAUCGAACACCUCGCCCAGAACGUGAUCAAAUCGCACCUGGAAACGUCCCAAUACACAAGCGAAGAGCUGAAGAGGCUAGCCUGGACGCUUUACUCGCAAGAAGAGAUAAGGGGCAUGCAGAACAAGAGCUGCGAGGUCUUGUGGCAGGAAUGCGCCCUGCAGAUCUCCAACGCCAUCCAGUACGUCGUGGAAUUCGCCAAACGCAUCGAGGGCUUCAUGGAGCUCUGUCAAAAUGACCAGAUCAUCCUCCUCAAAGCAGGUUGCUUGGAGGUUCUCCUCAUCCGCAUGAUUCGGGCCUUCAACCCGUUGAACAACACGGUGCUCUUUGACGGAAAGUACGGCGGGAUGCAGAUGUUCAAAUCUCUCGGCUGUGACGACCUUGUCAGCGCCAUCUUUGAACUGGGAAGGAAUCUUUGCCGGCUGCAGCUCUCUGACGAGGAGGUGGCUCUCUUCACGGCGGCGGUCCUGCUCUCUCCAGAUCGCCCCUGGCUGUCAGAGUCCAAGAAAGUCCAGAAACUCCAGGAUAAAAUCUACUUGGCUUUGCAACAUGAAAUUCAGAAGAAAAACUCCAAUGAAGACAGACUGUCCAAGAUAGUCUCAAAGUUGCCCUUAAUGAAGACGAUUUGCAACCUGCACUUGGAUAAGUUGGAAUUUUUCCGUCUCGUUCAUCCCGAGACGGCCACGAAUUUCCCUCCCCUGUACAAAGAGGUCUUCAGCUCCGAGCUGCACUUCAGCGACCCCCAAGAGAGCUAAGGGCAUUCGGAGGCGUCCG